AAAAAUAUUAUUGGCUUCUUCAACCCACAAAAAUCUGAAUCAAUCAAAAUAGAAACUGUACGAUUUCUCCAUUGAUCUGAAACUUUGAAAGUGUGAAACCAAUCUGUUGCAGCAAUCGAAGAGGAAUCAGAUUUAUCAUCAUUUUUUCGGGUUUGGGUGGGAAUGGCGGUUCCGGUGGUGAGGUUUCCCAUCUACCUGGUGAUCAGAAUACUUGGAUUCGCCGUGGCAGCCUUGGUGUUGACCUGGAAUGUUCACUACAGAGGAGGAUUGGCCCUCGUCUCCGACGACAAAAGUCUUAUCUUCAAUGUAAUUCUAUAGCUACUUUCAUUUCCUUUUCCUUAACUGAGUUUAUCCUUAAUUCACUCAAAUCCCCUGUAUUUUCUUACUGAUUUGUUCGGUGGGGGGCAGCUUUGACCUUCAGCUUCUUUUUGCAGUUUCUAUAUUAUGCAAUUGGUCUUAUUCUGUUAUUUGUUUUUGGCUUCCUUCUGGUCUUAUCUUCUUCAGGUUCACCCGGUUUUGAUGGUCAUAGGCCUUUUACUGCUAAAUGGUGAAGGUGUGGUUUCUCUUAGGAACAGUAACAUUUUACAGUUUGUGCUGGUUUGAAUUUGUUUCAAUUUUGUUAUACAUCCCCUUGUUUUAGCUGAACUUGCUUUGUACUUUGGUAUGAUGGUACUUUUGUUAGAUUCCACCAUGUUGAAGUAUAGUCAUUCUACUUGUUUUGUGCUUCGAUGUGGACUGUUAUUAAUAGGAUAUACUAGUAUAGAUGAAUUGCUUCGCCACUUUUCCAAGUGAAUCCAUUGGAUAUCAUACUUGACAACUUCCAAGAAGCGGAAAAGAAACUCCAAUAUUAAGUUGCAUGUUCAUGUCAGCUUAAACGAUAAUGCCCCAAACAAUAAAUAUGGGUCAAAUAGGCUCGCAUUUUGCUCUUAAUGUUCCGUAGUCAUUAUUAUGUGCAAUAUCUCAUUCAAGACAAUUUCAGGAGUUGAGCACUUCAAAUCGUAGUUAUUAGUCGUUAACUAUCUUCAGUGAUCUUUUGAUUGGUAAGGUUGCUGAGAUGGAAAUGCAUUGUCUGAAUGGAUAAAUUAUCUGGUGAAUAUACCUCUUGGCCUCUUCCCUUUCUCAUUUUCAGAACAAAGCAUAAUCCUCCAUCCCCUAGUUUUGCUUUAUCGAACAUCUUUUGGAUGAGUGACUGCCUAAUUCAGCCAUUUUAAAGUAAUUAUGAUGUUGGGAAGUUUCAUAAGUAUCAUCUACAGAUGGGAUAUGAUCCAUACGUACACUUACAACUCAUGCUAUGUUUUCUGUGUCCCUAGUGGAUCUUUCGUUUUGUGGUCUUUUUUUACAACACUUGGAAGUUCCCAAACAAGAAAGUCAUGCCUGUUUUUGGUCAUGCUGGUCUGGAAUACAUGUAUGGGCUAUUCGAUGUCUGUAUUACGAUGUUGGCAGUUAUAAUUUUAAUCACUUUUUCAACAUUGUAGGUAUGCUGGCGUACAAGACAGUCUCUGGAACAAAGAGCUUUAAGAAGUUGGUUCAUCUCUUUCUGCAGUUCUUAGCCUUCUGUUUUAGCGUAAUUGGUCUCUGGGCUGCAUGGAAGUUUCACAGUGACAGAGGAAUUGAUCACUUCUACAGUCUUCACUCAUGGUUGGGUCUUGCAUGCCUUUUCUUAUUUGGCGUUCAGUGGGCUGCUGGAUUCAUAACUUUCUGGUAUCCAGGUGGUUCAAGGAACAGCCGAGCUAGUCUGCUGCCAUGGCACGUGUUCUUUGGUGUUUAUAUCUACGCGCUUGCUGUUGCUACAUGCGCCACUGGCAUUCUAGAGAAACUUACAUUUCUCCAAACCCACCAGAUUAUAUCACGCUACUCGAAAGAGGCUUUGCUGGUGAACUCCCUGGGCAUCUUGAUUGUUGCUUUGGGUGGUUUUGUUAUUCUUGCAAUCGUCGCCCCUGCUAAUGGCAGAGGUGAUCUUCCAAAAGACACAGUCGAAUGAACAAGCAAUAUGGAAUAAGGUUAUUUGUGUUUCCUAGCCUUAAAAUUCCGGAGGGUGACUUGUACAUGGAGAGAAAAUGUGAAAAGAAAAUAACAAUAGCUGUUUGGUCCCAGAAUUAUUGAUAUUCCUAAAGUUUUAUACAAUCUGUUAUUGUCUGUACACUGCUUCAUGUGUUCUUUCUCAAGUCUCCACAUGCUUGCUAAACCUAUUUUCCGGCACCUGUCCUUUCAUCAUUACUUCUACAUUACAGUGAAAAUUGUGAAACUUGC